AUGACAGCUACAGAUACUGCUACAUCUGUGAAAUUGCACAAUUACUUCACACCAAAGUCGUAUGAUUUACAUGUGCGUGUGGAUCUUUCAAACUGGAAGUAUGAGGGAACAGAGACGAUUGUAUUGCAGCAGGCAGCGCAUAUUCCACCAUCUAAUUUGAUAAAAUUGCACUACAGUUCAUCUAUGACUAUUCAAACAGUAACCGGAGCAACCAUUCUGGGUCGUGAUGAGAAGGCUGGAACACUACAGCUUCAACUGGAUGGGGAAACUAUGAAUACUCAUACUAUACAAUUUACAUUUUCUCAGGAAAUUCGGACAGAGAUGAAUGGUUUUUAUCGUGCACGGUUUAAGACCAAUGAUGGGGUUGAACACCGCAUGGCAGCCACACAUUUUGAACCUACUUCAGCACGACACUUUUACAUAUGCCAAGAUGAACCAGCUGCACGAGCAGAUUUUACAUUGCAUGUUUCCCUACCUUCUAGUAUGGAGGGAUAUACAGUAUUGUCAAAUGGUCCACUAAAAUUAAAAGAGCAACAUGAUAAUACGGUAACACAUCACUUUGAUACUAUUCCUGCAGUUCCACCAUACCUUACCUCUUGUUUUGUAGGAGAAUUAGAGUAUGUAGAGACGACUGCUUGUGGUAUUCCAGUAAAAGUGUAUACAUCUCUUGGUAAAGUUCAAAAAGCUGCUUUUGCUCUCAAAGUAACUGCAUUUGCAUUGGAAUAUUUUGAAAAAUUUUUUGACUGCAAGUAUCCAUUGCCUAAAUUGGAUGUUGUGGCUGUACCUGACUUUCCUAUUGGUGGAAUGGAAAAUUGGGGAUGUAUUGCAUGUGUAGAAUCCAUUCUUUUAGAGCAAGAAAAAACUGGUGUAAAUACUCUAAAACGUGUGACUGAACUUAUUUGCCAUGAAGUUUCACAUAAUUGGUUUGGAAAUUUAGUGGCUAUAAAUUGGUGGGAAGGAUUAUGGUUAAAAGAAGGAUUUGCCUCUUGGUGUGGAUAUAAAGCGGCACACCACUUUGAACCUUCCUGGAAAUGUAAUGAAGAUGCAUCUAUGGAAGUUGCAUCCGCUCUUGUAAGUGAUAUGUAUGAGAAUAGUCAUCCCGUUGAAGUUCCAAUUUGUGAUCCUGCAGAGAUUACACAAAUAUUUGAUGCUAUUAGUUAUGAUAAAGGUAUGGGAUUGGUUUUUAUGUUAGAAGCUUUUCUCGGAGAAAAGAAAUGGGCAUCUUCUGUAGCCCAUUAUAUUAAAAAACAUCGUUAUGGAGAUACAAAGACUAUUCAUUUAUGGCAGGCACUAGAAGAGGCAUCUGGUGUUCCUUUAACAGAGUCUAUGAAUUCAUUUACAACACAAAUGGGAUAUCCUAUCAUUCAUGUUAAUCGUCCUUCACCCAAUUUAAUUAUUUUGCGUCAAGAAACUUCUCAAUUUGUGUCAGCAACAACAAAAAGAAAUACAGUAUGGAGUGUGCCUAUUGUACUUGAAGGAGCAAAUGGAGUAACUCAUCGAGUGACUCUUAUUGGUUCUGAACCUCAACAGGUAGAACUUCCAGUGGAACUCGCUAAUUCUCCAUGGAUUAAUGCUAAUCCUGGUGGAAAAGGUUUUUUUCGUUGUCGGUAUGAUGAAGAAGGAUUUUCAAGUUUAUUAAACGUAUACAGUUCCCUUUCUAUCCCUGAUCGUCGUGCUUUAAUUGCUGAUACAGUGGCUUCAAUUUACAUGGGUUAUGAAGAUGUAGAGCGUUUGGCUAUAUUUCGUUCUCUUUUAUCUGAACAUGAAUCUGAUCGAAGUAUCUGGCAAGAGUAUAGAAACAGCAUGGAGAAUUUUAUUGGUUUCUUGGAAGAUGAAGGUUUGCAUAAGGAAUUAAAUUUUAAUCUCAUGUAUACCAUUGGGGAGAUGGCUACAAAACUUUUAAAUGAGAAUCCAAGUACAGCAGAGGAACGGAUGAGACGUGCUUUUUUUAUCAAUGCAGCUAUCUCAACAGCUUUAAAAUGUUUACCUACAAAAGAUGCAUGUAAGGUUCCAUCAGUAGAAUGGGCAUUAAAACAAGCAAGUGCCUUCUUAAAAGGGGCAGAAUACUCCGCAGAUACAAUUACCAUGUCUCUCUCUUCUUAUGUACGUCUUGGUCCUGAUGAUGCAGCUUCACGAACGGAUGCUCUAUGGAAACAUUACACAAAUAUACAUGAUAAUGAUGAAGUUUGUCGUUCAAUUUUGUCUGCUCUCUGCUGGGCAGAGGAUCCUGAGUUUGUAGAAAGUAUCCUCAAGCGGUGUAUAUAUGAUAAUGGAAUCCGUUCCCAAUAUGGUGGUAUAUUAUUUGCCUCCUUGUCGUCUAAUCCAUCAUUACCGCGUGGACAUGUUUGGUCGAUGUUUAAACGCCAUUUUGAUGGAGUGGAUCGUCAGUGGGGUGGUGGAACGUUUCGCAUUCAAAAUAUUGUGGAACAUGUUGGAUCGACACUCGUGGGAGAAGAGCAGGCGCGAGACUUCGAGACAUUCUUUCACGAACAUCCGCUUCCACACGCACGUUUGGCAGUUCGACGCGCAGUGGAAGGUAUUCGUCUGCGCAGCUGGAUGUUGUCAAAGUGGGGUGGUGGACCAAAGUUGAGUUAUAUCUUUUUUCCACGAUAA